GCAACGCGCGUAGGCUCCGAAGCCACGCCCACUUCCGGCUCCUCCGUCACCGCCAUGGCUGCUUUAGGGAGUCUGCUCUCCGUAGGUGUGCGGAGGCUGCACUGCAGCGUGUCGGCUCGGGCUGGCAGCCAGUGGAGACUCCAACAGGGCCUGGCUGCCAACCCUUCCGGCUAUGGGCCCCUCACGGAGCUCCCAGACUGGUCUUAUGCGGAUGGCCGCCCUGCUCCCCCAAUGAAAGGCCAACUUCGAAGAAAAACCCAAAGGGAAAAGUUUGCAAGACGAGUUGUACUGCUGUCACAGGAAAUGGAUGCUGGAAUACAGGCAUGGCAGCUCAGACAGCAGAAGUUGCAGGAAGAAAAAAGGAAGCAGAAAAAUGCUCUUAAACCCAAAGGGACUUCACUACAGAGCCUACUUCCACGUCAAUAAAAAACAAUUCCUGUUCCUUACCUCAACCUCUCUCUGGCUUUCUUUUCCAUCACCUGGAUGUCUCAUCCCAGACAGAAGAGAGCCUUUGUGUCCUAUUUGUCUUCAGAGCAAAAGAGCUUGGAUACCCAGAAGAAUAGUCUAUAAGGUCACUGCCUGGGAGACUUGGCUCAGUGCCCUCAUCCCUGUUUGCAUUCCAGUUCAACUGAAUCUUGUUCUGGAAUUUUUAUCCCUUCCUUUGCAGGCCAUAAGACUGUUCCAACUCUUUAGCAGUAGCUGUUCUGUCAAUGUGAACAGGGGACAACAGUUUUUCUGUUUUUAGCCAGGCAUGUAAGUCUUGAAUAGCUUGGCCAUGUGCAAUUGGCAUUUAAUAAAUGUUUUGAUGAAAGACUUUC